AUGGACCUCCAACUCCUUGAUGACAGCAUUGUGAAGACCACUGGUCUUGGGGCAUCAGAUUUAAAGAUCCACAUCACCAACGCUAACCGCGAUCACUUGUAUCAUCCUAAUGAUCCCAUUUCGGGAUAUAUCGCUUUUCCUACGCACGAUGCGAAUGCCGACUUCUUCGCCUCCCACCUUACCAUCACUCUAUCUUGCAAUGUCGUGACGGCAAUUGACAAGGUCUACCACGGGCCCAUCCGAGUCCGCGACUUCCGAGCAAAGGUGAGCACCGCCUCCGCAUGGCACUUCGAGAAGAUGUAUGCCCAGGACAUUAAACUGAUCUCUCCUACAACCAACACAGAUCAAGGCGAGACGCCCAUCGUCCGUGGCCGGGACCACAGUUGGCCGUUCACCUUCGUCAUCCCUGCGACCGCGCUCUCUCAGGAAGAAAGCCCACUUCCAGCAUAUACAGCCACCAAUGACACCGCCGCACCAGCAGCAUAUGGUAAUAGCGAUACAAGCGCUGCUGCCCUCAGUCACGGUGCAACACCACUCCCUCCUAGCAUCCGAGUCGCCCUCUGCGUACAUCAUGGAGCCGUCGUGGAGUAUGUGCUUGAGGCGUCACUCGGGUUGCAACCUGCUUCGGCGAAUGAGAACAAACUGAUUCCCUUGGAGGCGCGGGAGGAAUUCAAAUACGCGCCCGCGUCGAUGGCCAAUCCGCCGAUCGAUGUCAUUGACUUCGUGACCGCCAAAACUCUGGUAUCAAGCUCUGCGCUUGCACCCAACGGUGGGAGCAGUCGGUCAUCGCUGUUCAGGCGCAUAGCAGGGAAAAGCUCCGAGGGUCCGCAGGUUGAGGUGAGGCUGAGGGCAAGAAUCGAUCCGCACGUCAGUUCGGGCAGGCUGCUCGAAGGCUCGGUUCAGUUGGAAGUCUAUGCUGCCGACGGCGUGGAUGUCAACUUUCCGCUCGCGAAGAUUAGGCUGAAGUCGUUGUCGAUGGAGCGAACGGCGAAGUUCCAUGGCGACAAAAACGCUGCAUCCAAGAAGGACGGGCCGGAUGAGGUGGAAACCUCGCUGGACUUUGAAUUGCGACCUUCGACAGGCUUGAGCGGGAAGAUCAAGGCAGUGACACAGUCCCGGAAGGGAGGGGUUGCUGAUGGGGACGAUAUGCCCAUUGCGGUGUAUCCGUUCCGGUUUGAGGCGCCUCUUUCCUCUCCCGGAUUGAUUCCAUCCUUUGACACGGGGUACUUUUCAUGCUCGUACAAGAUUUCCAUGGCGACGGAAGCUGAGUUUUGCGGCGAGAAGGUUGUGCUACAGAAGAAGUUAGCCAACGUAUAUAUCAAUGCUAGUACGGCCGACUAUUAG